UUGAACGCUUUCUUGUUCCCUCGUCCCAGAUCUGGGUUGCUCGGGCCUUGCCGAUUCGCACCUGCCAUAUUGGAACUUUCAUCGUCGUCGUCAAGGGAAAGAUCAAUAACCAGGAACUGAGGGGUUCAUCCGGCCUAAACCCGGAAAAAUGGUGCUGAUAUCUGCGGUACGGGAUUAUAUCAGCCGGAUGUUGCAAGACAUCUCUGGCAUGAAGGUUCUUAUCUUAGAUUCUCAGACGGUAAGUAUUGUCAGUGUCGUUUAUUCACAGUCAGAGCUUCUUCAGAAAGAGGUCUUUUUGGUGGAGUUGGUAGAUUCCAUUUCGAAGUCAAAGGAAUCUAUGUCACAUCUCAAGGCUGUUUACUUCCUUCGACCAACUUCGGAGAACAUCCAGCAUUUGCGCCGCCAGAUAGCCAAUCCUAGAUUUGGAGAAUAUCAUCUUUUUUUCUCCAAUAUGUUGAAGGACACUCAAAUUCACAUACUCGCUGAUUCAGAUGAACAGGAAGUUGUCCAGCAAGUUCAGGAGUUUUAUGCAGACUUUGUUGCUCUUGAUCCUUACCAUUUUACCUUAAAUAUGCCUUCAAAUUACAUUUAUAUGCUCCCAGCAAUGGUGGAUCCUUCAGCAUUGCAGCGCUUCUGUGAUCGGGCUGUUGACAGUAUUGGGGCUGUUUUUUUGGCAUUAAAACGAAGACCUAUUAUUAGAUACCAAAGGACGUCUGACAUUGCAAAAAGGAUAGCACAGGAAGCAGCCAAAAUGAUGUACCAACAGGAAAGUGGUCUUUUUGAUUUUAGGCGAACAGAAGUUUCUCCAUUAUUAUUGGUGAUUGACCGGAGGGAUGAUUCUGUAACCCCAUUGUUAAAUCAAUGGACCUAUCAGGCAAUGGUUCAUGAACUAAUAGGAAUCCAAGAUAACAAAGUAGACUUAAAAUCCCUUGGUAAAUUUCCAAAGGAUCAGGAGGAGGUUGUGCUGUCAUCAGAACAAGAUUCUUUCUUCAAAGCCAACAUGUAUGAGAAUUUUGGAGAUAUAGGUAUGAACAUCAAGCGAUUGGUGGAUGAAUUUCAGCAAGUGGCAAAGAGUAACCAGAACAUCCAGACAGUAGAGGACAUGGCCAAAUUUGUUGACAAUUACCCUGAGUACAGAAAAAUGCAUGGAAACGUGUCAAAACAUGUAGCCUUGGUUACAGAAAUGAGCAGGAUAGUUCAAGAGAGGAAGAUUAUGUUAGUUUCAGAAGCAGAACAAGAGUUGGCUUGUAAUGGAGGGCAAGGGGCUGCUUUUGAGGCAGUGACAAAUCUAUUAAACAAUGAAAGUAUAUCAGAUGAGGACCGGCUGCGCUUAGUCAUGUUGUAUGCUUUGCGUUAUGAGAAGGAUAGCCCUGUUCAAUUAAUGCAGCUUUUCAACAAACUGGCAUCCCGAUCAGCCAAGUACAAGCCUGGGAUUGUCCAGUUUCUUUUGAAGCAAGCAGGUGUUGACAAGAGAACUGGUGAUCUUUAUGGAAGUAGAGAUCUACUGAAUAUUGCUCGUAACAUGGCUCGUGGAUUGAAGGGUGUGGAGAAUGUAUACACUCAACAUCAGCCACUACUGUUUCAGACCAUGGAAAGUAUAGUGAAAGGACGAUUGAGGGAUGUGGACUACCCGAUUGUUGGAAAUCACUUUCAGCAGGGAAGGCCACAGGAAGUUAUCAUCUUCAUUGUUGGUGGGACAACUUAUGAGGAGUCGCGAUGUGUUGCGAUGCAAAAUAACAACAAUAGUGGGAUCCGUUUUAUACUUUGUGGUACUACGGUUCUUAAUUCUAAGGGAGAUUGAUGUACUUGUUAUAUUUAGCUGUCCAUUGAUGGGGUUUCUUAGGGACUUGGAAGAAGCUCAGAGGGUAGCUCGUUCUAGCACCUCUCUCGUUUGAGGUAUGUUCUGGCAAGGGCCUCGUAGAUAUAAGUGUUAACAUAAUUUAUGCUUGGCAAGUGUCUUGGGUAUGCAUGAAAGAAAAGGUCGUUAAAGGAGUUUGACCAGGGGUAUCGGACUCGAUCCACUAUUGCUGCAGAAGACGAUCAAAAAGUUAUUAAGCAGGUUGAAAAUAAACGCUAGCUGAUGCCUUGAGUAUCCUGAAAUGAGAAGUUUCAGAAACACUCGCAUCGUUUCAGGAGGAAAAGCAAACACGGAGCUGGGUACAAAGAUUUCUUGUAAUUUCUCUGAUGGGUCCACCACCCCCCGGGGUUUUGACCAUGGUAAUGGGUUCGUUGACUUUUGCUGAGUAUACUUAUACGGUGACUGUAUAACCAUGUAAUGAAUAUCCCAAUUCCUUUGUAAGUUUGUAUACUAAUAGACAAACUUUCGCGUUUUUGAAAGAUACCGCUGUCCAACUACUUAAUAGUGAUUCAAUCAUUUUUUUUAUUUUGAA